AUCACUCACAGCAAGGGCUAUUUGACACUGGAUAUUAAUGGAACACGUGGGUUUUUUUGCAAGGACUCGGGGACUAAACCCUAAAACAAUCGUAAAAAGGGUAAAUGACUUGCUUUGAAACAUUCAGAAUUGAAAAUCCGUAGAUGGAAAGUUGACAUUUUGUCGUUCUCAUUGCGGGUGGGGUCGUUGAGAGAAUUGAGUGAACAGGUUGCCUAUUUCAUAGAGUGCUAGCAACCACCUUCGUCUGAGGAGUAUACCCUUAACGGUGCUGAUUAAACAAUUUGGAUACGGCUGAUUUUCAACCAAUCAACGUGCGACCCUACAUCGCUUGUGUGUUUUGUAUGCUCUCUUCUUUCUCUCUCUCUCUUUCUCCCUCCGUCCUUCGACUUCGAAUUGCUCAGGCAUUUUUUAAUGUAUUUGUGACAGACUGAAUAAAAAGGUAGAUGGAAUGGUUGAAGCGGUCACACAUUUUGCGGAUAAAGAGGUGGAAACUUCGACCCAAGAGUCUUGCGUAGAUGUCAAAAUAGCGUUCAUGACUUUGAAUACCACUUGAAUUCAUUUUGAAAUAGUUUUGCCAAAAACUUCAAAAAGUUCAGGAAAAAAAUUAGUGGAUGAAUCAUAAUUAUGAUGAAGCUCUGAAUUUAGGUAAACUUAUCAGGGUCGCUCAAACUGUCGAUUUUCGAUGAGGCUCUUGGUAGGGAAAGGGAAUGUAAAUCCACGAGAUAUCGGAAGUUGAGCAAGUGGAUCAAUUUUGAAAGCUCAGGGAUAUUCUCUGACGAACAUGGUUCAUGCGGACAUGGUAAAGUGGCUGACGGUACAAAUUACCACAGCGUUGUGUCUCAUCGCAUUGACACAAGCCUGUCACCCGGGCCGGUCCGGUAAGACUUCACAUCGGCCCCGGAACAGGACUCCUUUACAAUAUAAGCAAAAAGUUCCCAAUAUAUCAGAAGACACAUUUGGUGCCAGUGGGCCUCCUGAAGGUAGAAUCGACAGGGACGAUGAACGAUUCAGCAAACUUUCUCCAAACAAUAAUGAUGAUAUUGUUUUUAAGGAUGAAGAAGGCACUGGUGCUGAUCGACUCAUGACACAGCGAUGCAAAGACAAACUGAACACUUUAGCUAUCAGUGUAAUGAAUGAAUGGCCUGGGAUCAAACUACGUGUUGUUGAAGCAUGGGAUGAAGAUCAACCUAACGUAGAACCACUUCAUGCUGAAGGAAGAGCUGUAGACAUCACAACCAGUGACAGAGAUAAGAAUAAGUAUGGCGCUCUAGCUCGCUUGGCUGUAGAAGCUGGAUUCGACUGGGUCAGUUAUGAAAGUAAAGCAUGGGUCCACUGUUCAGUCAAAUCAGAAUCUGCUGCAGCCAAGAAUUCUGGAGGGUGUUUCCCGGGAUUUUCUCAAGCAUACCUUAAGAAUGGACGCAUGAUAAGUAUGUUGGACAUCAGGGUAGGUGAUGAGGUAGCCGUGGUCAACAAUAACGGAGAAUUGGAUUACAGUGAUGUUAUCAUGAUAGUACAUAGAAAACUCAACGACAGUACAUUAUUUUAUGUAAUAGAGACUGAAGACAAAACAAUAGUACAGCUAACGCCACAGCAUUUGAUUUACAUGUCAGAAAGGGAAUCAAACUUCGACCAAAGCAGAGCUGUGUUUGCUAGUGAAGUUCGGACUAAUCAAUUUGUAUAUACAACAGCACAGAACCAUGACAGGGGGGUAAGGCCGAUGAAAGUGGUCAGUGUAACUACGAGGUUAGGUCGUACGGCAGUGGCUCCAGUGACCAGGCAAGGAUCUUUGGUCAUAGACGGCGUAGCGGUAUCAUCGUAUGCAGUCAUGCGUGACGAAUGGGUCGCACACGCAUCAUUCGCUCCUAUCCGAUGGUACACCUACAUCAGUCAUAUGCUUGGUAUCACAGAUACUGAUACAGGACAAGAGCAAAGGGUGCAUUGGUACACCCAAGGACUCUACAAACUCGGUAAAUACGUCAUGAGUGAUAGAUUAUUUCCAGGCUUUGAUGUAUAGGUUGACCCCCUUUCUCAACAGUUGGGACAAUAAAAACCACUUCACAUCACUUGACCAACUGGCUGGAACUUAGAGUGAGAGCGGGUGCAAACAAAUGAUUUGUUUUAUUUUGUGACUCAUUGUUGUAUGUUUGCUGUUGACGGGAAUUAUGGGGUAAGAAUAAGGUAGUCAUAAAUGUUGGCCUAAGCCACUGUUUAGAUAGGCCAAUAUAUCGGAAAUAAGAUAAUGUUAUAGGAAGACUGAAUAUAUACAUCCAAUAUGCAAGUAUAUAAUGUGGAUCUCUAUCCAUUAUAAGAGCAUCGCAAAAUGACCAAUAGAAAAGCAAUAUCAUAUGCUUACGGUCAUUAAAAAAAGGGACAGGUAUAACAAAUUCAUGUUUUUAGGUAAAAAUCACAUUGUUUUUACCACAUCUCAUCUUAUCUAUUUACCUUACCACAAACAAUUCAAUGGCUAUUUUCUUUGAGUGUUUCGUCCAAAUAACACGUUAAGAAUUUCAUAUCUUAACAAAUAUUUAAAGUGUAUUUAGAAUGCCAAAGUUGUUGUUGAAGAAUAAAAGUUUUAAAUAUUUAUCUUUGUACAUACAUUGUUGUUGAUGCUGCAUUAAAUGCAGUGACGUUUAUUAUAACUAUCGUUGCAGUCAUGAGGGUGAUGAAACUUGCAUAUUCUUCCUCUACAGUAAUUACAUCAUCUCUUAUAGAGUAUCAAACUAUGAAAAAUGAACCAAGUCGUCAUACUGUGAAUAUUGUUUGGUUUAUUAUGGCGGUCAAACGAACAUGCGAGAACUCUCGAUAUUUUGUGUAAUGUCAUGUCAUAUUACUUGCUUUCAAUAUAGUCCAUGUAUUUAUUCCGCUUUACCCCUGUACAAAAUGUUCCCCGAUGCUAUUUCAUCGUUUUCUAGGUAAUUCUAUGUAUUUAAUAAUAUUGUAUAGAAUUUGAUAUCAACUUCAGAUGUUAUAUUUCUGCGAUUAUGUAGGCCUAUAGAGGAAUUUUCUUUUCAUAAUUAUGAUAGAUAUAUGUAAAACUGCUAAUUUAUACAUGUUAUCGACGAAAUGUAAGAUGUUUUUAGCAAUUUACAAAGAAAAUUUGUCUCCUUUUUAUAUGUAUAGAUUUACUUGUUUAAGUCAAAUUUUCAUAUGUUAAAAGAAUCUUUCAUGUUGUAUAUUCAGUUCCUUAACAAUGCAAGUCUAGGCAUUACCCUUCUCUGCUUUUAAUGUAGAUAUUACUGGUUAUGUUUAUCAGUGUUCUGGACAUAUAGAAGAAGAAUAUAAUCAUAAUAAUGAAUGUCACAAAAAGCUAAUCUAAGUAUAGAAGCGCUCUAUGACAAGGCAUUCAUCUCACUAAAAUUACUACAACGAAAAUAAAUUACGAUUAAUCAAAAUAUGAAGGAAUAGAUACAAAGAGUUAAUUUUCAUGAGGUAUCAAAUCUGUCCCAGAUUAAUAUAUUUUCGUAUUAGGUUUUGUAUUCUCCCUGCCUCUCAGAUGAAAAAAAAUUGCCUUCCUUAUACAAUAGCAUUUCUUUUUAUUAAAAUUCAAGACUUUCAUCGGGGGGAAAUAGUCACCGUGCAAGUAAAUCCAAUAGUAUUUUUGAUUAUUUUUCCUCAUGUGGAUCAAUAGAAAUUUAAUUACAAAGGAUACCGAAUGACACUCCCAUUUCACGGGCAAUUAAUAAUAAUUACAUUCUAGUAAUAUUUAACCUAGUGGUAUAUUGGUCAGUCAAUCAAAAUCUGCUUAAAUACAGACGUAAACAUGUAAUAUUAAUUGAAAAUAUCGAAAAAGCAUACCUAUGACUAUGACUUGGGUCAUUUAUUGUUCAUUACCUGUGACCAGGUCAAUUCACUUUAAUAUAAAGGUAAUAGACAACAAAAAAUCCUUCAUAUACCUAGAUAUUCAUCUCAAUGAUCCGGUUAUCAACCUUUCUGAAAUAUCAUGAUUAUUAUCCUGAGAUUCCUAUAUCUAAUAAAGGCAAACCAACCCGCGUACAUAAUCAAAUUUAGGCUAUACAGCUCAAAAAAUCUACCUAUAUCAUAACUUAUCAGAAUAACAUCAUAGUAUAAAAAAAAAAUAAUGAUAAUGCGGUUUUAUUCAUUCGCAUGCAUCAAUGAAAUAUUAUAUACAUAUAUAUAUAUAAGAGAAAUCAUACAUGCACAACAGCUAUGGCAACUUUAUUUUAUACAAUCAAGAAAGAAUGACAAACAGUCCUUUUCAGGACUACAUACAUGGUGUUUACAGUAAAAACGUACAUUAUCUAUUUUAUGUUGGGAAAGAAAUAAAUAUAGAGAACGAUAACAAAUCAAAGUUCCCUAUAGCAACACUUCCAAAAUGUGAACAAGAAUUAUCAUUCUAAAAUGCAAAUAAUUUGAGAACUAUUCAAUACGGUGUGUGUAGGGGGUGAAUGUGUGUGGGUGAUUGUGUUGAUGAUGAAGGUAUGUGUUUGUGAAAUCUUUGGACGUGUAUAUGAUUAAUCAGAUGUGCUUGAGUGUGGGAGUUUGAAAAUUAUGUAAAAAAAUCAUUGAAAAUAGACUUAUUAAAUGAUAUUAUAAAAAUGAAAAUAAGCAGUAAAAAACACCAGGUUUUGCACCCUUUUAUUGAAGACAUAAACGUUAUUAGCUUAUCUGUAACUUUGCGAGAUGUUUACGGUAUGGUACCAGAUCCAAAUACACUCUGUAAGCCUACACAAUUCAAUUCAAUUCCAUUUAUUUUGUCAGUAUAAAUAGUACAAACGUGACAUGAAUCAAACAUAGACAUAAAUAAAGUAUCAUACCGAAACGGUAGCAGCCGGAAAGAAAUUAUGUUUAACGGUCAAAAUAUUGUAAUAUAUAGACAACAUACUGUACACGGUAAAAUUUAUGGUGGAAACUGAAAUUGCGCGGCGAGUAGCCAGGGAUUUAUCGCUAAAAAAACCCCGGUUAAUUCCUGUCAGUUUUAGGUUACGGAAUACUUUAACAUGUUGAGGCUUUUACAGUAUAUUCACCAUUGAAUUGGGUCUUUCGUAAAUUUUAAAUUAUUUUCACCGUUAAAUUGGACAGGAAAUAAACACGGUUUCCCCGUAAGAAUGUGGUCUUUUUACACUGUAUGUUGAUAUGGCCCUUCUUCAUUUGAACAGGAAUGAUAAUGAUAAAGGCUUUGAAAAUAUUGAAGGGAAUUUAUAUCGUUUAGUUGCUUUGGUUGUUUAAGACAUUACAUCAUGUAAACAGCCAAAGUAAGAAUCAAGACAGUAAGUCAAACUGAUGAUAAGAUAAACGUUCAUAUACAUGAAUAUAUAUAGACCAUAAAAUUUGUAAAACUGGAUUAAAACUUGAUUAAAGAAUAUUUUCGUUAUGUCAUAAUAAUCAUAUAUGCUUGUGCUGCAAUACGCGGUCGUCACAUUAAUAAUAAUAGGAAGAUGUCGUUUUAUUCAUAGUACUGAUAAUAUAUUUUCGCGUUCAUACUUUGUCAAGGUGUGAAUAUAGUUAAAGCAAAAUAAUACAAGUAAAUUUCAAAAAAGGUUAGACAAGAGACAGUGAUGAAAUUAUCACUUUAACGUUAUAACCAGACUUGCAGAAUACACAGUUAAAAGUACCGUAUAUUUCACCGAAAAAUUAUUCAGUGAAUCUAGAUCCCCCCUUUAAUGGUGAAAUAACAUGGAAUUUACGAAAGACACAAUUUAACGGUCAAAUACUGUAGUAGCCCAUGCACGUAUUACUGUAAACAGUAAAAUUUGCAGUGGAAACUCGCGCAGCAAGUAGCUAGGGAUUUAUCGUUAAAAAUUACGGUAAAUUCGAAAUGAACAACUAUUUUCGAAAUUUUAAUAUUUGUGACCAGGGAGGAUCCAGGAUUUUCCGAUGGGGGGGGGGGCACAUUUUGGC